CGACUAUAUAAACGAUGUUAUGACAGUCUACCAACAUUACAUAGCGGACUAUUGCCCAGAUACGAACCUAACACAGAUUUCCAUGAGCGCUAGUGACCUGUGAUAACAUUAUAAUUAAAGUAUAAACAAAAUCGAAACACAAUAUGAUUUACGGACUGCUAGUAUUAGUGGCUGUCGGGGUGGCCACGGCCAUGCCACAGAACCCGUGCAUUUGCACCUUCGACUACAAACCCGUGUGCGGCGACGACGGCCGAACUUACCCGAACGAAUGCUCCCUGAGGUGUCAAGGCCAGGCAAGGCUGGUUGGCAAGGGCCCAUGCCCGAAUGCAGACUCUCUGACGUUAGAACUACCCAAAUGCGUCUGCACUCGCGAAGGAAGGCCAGUCUGCGGCAGCGACGGAAAGACUUACGCUAACCCUUGCCUACUGAACUGCGCGACUGCAACAAACCCACAACUGUCACUGGUAAGCUACGGGGCUUGCGAACGAGUAGAGCAUCAAGUUCCCAAACAGCCACCAAGUUGCAGCUGCACAAGAAACAUGAUGCCAGUUUGUGGCAGCGAUGGCAAUACUUACGCUAACCCCUGCAUGUUAAACUGCGCCACCGCAGGAAAUCCGAGCUUAUCGUUGCAGGGCUACGGCGCUUGCCCGGACCCGGUCAAAGUUGUCGACCUCCCGAAAAUAGACACGUGUGCGUGCGCGAGAAACAUGAGGCCAGUGUGCGGCAGCGAUGGCAGGACAUAUAAUAACCCAUGCUUGCUGAAUUGCGCGACGAAAGACGACCCAUCAUUAUCCAUCGCCAAGAGCGGCCCUUGCGGUCUGAACAUAGUUGAUAUCCCCAAGCCGGUAGCUUCGUGUACCUGCACCAGGGAGCUGACCCCGGUCUGCGGGUCUGAUGGAGAGACCUACAGCAACGCUUGCAUCAUGAGGUGCAGGAACCCCAGUGCGGCGUUAGUCCACGACGGACCCUGUGAUGUUUAAAUUUUGAGGUUGUAGUACUUGCUGCGCCCCCUGGUCUUCGCUCCCGUGGGAAUUUCGGGAUAAAAAGUACCCUAUGUGUUAUUCCAGGUUAUAUUCUAUCCGUAUACCAAAUUUCAUAACAAUCCGUCCAGUGCAUUUUGCGUGAAAGAGAACAUACAUCCUCACAAACUUUCGCAUUUAUAAUAUUAGCAGGAUAGCAUUUAAUUUGACCCAGCCUUUAAACCACUCUAAUAAGUAAUUUACAGUGUUAUUACUAAAGGAUUUUUAACAAUGUCAUAAUUAUAAAUACAAUAUCCGCCCAGAAUGAAAAGAUACCGACAAAAAAGGAAAUGUCUUAAGCAUGUGAAAUCUAAACGUGUGAAGAUAAAGUAUUAAUUCAACUUUAAACAUAAUUUUAAAUCUUUUUAGUAAGACGGAUCUAGUUUUAAUUAAGCAAAACUAGAAUUGCAAUACGAAAAUACCCUAAAAGUUGUUUUAUAUUUUAGAAAAGAUGACAACUUGGAUGGUUAUUGGGGAAAUUGCUGUCACUAAAUAAGUAUACAAUUUAAAUUUAUUUGUACUUUUAUAUAUACUUGUGGCAAUUAUAUAUUUAUUGUGCCUAGCUUCUUGUUAUACAUGAUUCGGCUGUGCUUUAUAUAUUGUUAAGUUUUUUGUAAGUUUUCUAUGUUAAUGACCGCCUGUCAACAGUCAUCAAGUGAAAUUUAAUAAAGGUGGAAUUUAUAUUUUU